AUGGGUUGUGCUGAUUUUUUAAAAGAGUGGUUCAACAGUGACGCCCAAGAGUGGGUAGACGAGAACUACCAAAAUAUCUCAAUCGACAAAAUCCUAAAAGUUCAAUUCUCUAUUCGGCUAUCUGCACUUCCUUACAAUUGUCAAAGUCUCUCUGAAGCACGAAUUGAAAAUGGUGACAGCAAAAAAUUUACUGAGAUUGUGACGCAACAUGGAAGUGAGCUCGAAAAGUCUUCUUUGGCUUCAUUGCUGCAAAGAUUCGAGUUUUUCGAGUUCGAAGUCAUCCGAGACGAAGAAACGGGCUCCGAUGCCAUCUUAAUGUAUGCAAAAGACAAGCCUAUUGAUGGUGUUGAGGGAAAAACUUAUGCGAUCGCCACCAUCGCCGGGACACUUGAGCUUCAAGACGUCUGGCAAGAUUUAAAGAUUUCCCAAGUUCAAUUUGAAGAAACUGAAGCUCGCGUUCACAGCGGUUUCUACGAGUGCUUUCAAGCUCUGAAGCCGAAAAUUGAAAGUUUUAUCGAUUCAACUCUGGAAACAAAACCAGUCGACGAAAUAUUAAUUGUUGGCCACUCACUUGGUGGCGCAGUUGCCUGUUUAGUUGGCGCUUCCUUAGCGCCUAAGUAUGAAAAUGAGAAUUUUCGAGUUGUGAGUGUCGCCGCCCCGAAAAUUGGGAAUCAGGCGCUUCAAGAUUUGUUCAAGGAAAGAGUAAAGAAGCAUUUGCGAAUCCGACUUGUUAGCGAUCCCAUUGUGAAAGUGCUUGAUCUACUUUAUUGGUUCAGACAUUCUGGGGAUGAUCACGGCCCAACUGAUUUUCCGCUUUUCGACGAGUCUGACUUUCCGAUCGGGAGUCAUUUGCCUCAACCCUACUAUGUUGGACUUGAGAAAACUAAGCAAGUCAUCUUGAAGAAGAAAUUCGGCAAUGCUGUUGCAAAAGCGAAAAAAUUCGUUAAAGCUAAAUAG